AAUUAGGGUUCUAAAGUUUUUGGGAUCUCUGUUCUCCCUCUUCGCUCUCGCGCGGCAUCGAUCGCUCGAUGGCAUUGGCCGUGACGCGCUACUGCCUCGUCUCGCUCCCGGUGCUCGAAUCGGCAGCUGCGACAUGGGCCGCAUUGCAGCAAGGGAUCUCCAGAGUCGCCUUCGACACACCGACUUACAAGUUCAAUAUCCCUGAAUUGCGGAUCGGGACGCUCGAUGCGCUCAUGGUUCUCAGCGAUGAUCUUGUCAAGAUCAAUGGCGUGGUGGAGGGAGUGACACACAAGAUUCGUCGCCAGAUCGAGGAUUUGGAUCAUCACGCUGGAGUGGAAGCGAGCGCUCUUACAGUCGAUGGGGUACCAGUUGACACUUACAUUACCAAAUUUACGUGGGACGAGGCGAAGUAUCCACUCAUGAAUCCUCUCAGAGAGACUGCCGAUAUGAUCCAAGACAACGUUUCCAAGCACGAAGACGACUUAAAAAUUAGAGUAGCAGAGUACACGAAUGUGAAAACACAACUCAGUGCUAUCAAUCGCAGGCAAACUGGAAGCAUGGCCGCGCGUGACAUCUCCAACCUGGUGAAGCCGUCCGACGUUAUCAGCACGGAGCACCUGGUGACUUUAGUGGUGGUAGUCUCAAAGUUUUCGCAAAACGAAUGGCUAAAGAGCUACGAAAGUCUCACUGACUUUGUGGUUCCUCGAUCAUCUGCGAAGCUACACGAGGACAACGAGUAUGCUCUGUACACCGUGAUCCUCUUUCGCAAGGUAGCAGACAACUUCAAAUCAGCUGCACGAGAGAGAGGCUUCCAGGUUAGAGAUAUCGAGUUUGAUCCAGAGGGACAACAACAAAGAAGGCAAGAACAAGAUAAGCUGAGCCGCGAACUCGACAGCCUACGAAGCUCCCUCCAACAGUGGUGCUGUGCUAGUUACGGAGAGGUUUUCAGUGCGUGGAUGCACAUAUGUGCCAUCCGGAUCUUUGCCGAGAGUAUUUUGAGAUACGGCCUUCCUCCAAAGUUCCUGGCCGCAGUGAUGGCUCCUAGCCAGAGAAACGAGAAGAAAGUCCGAUCAAUGCUCGAAGGACUGUGUAAUGCUCCCAACAGUGGCUUUUGGAAAUCUGACGAAGAUGGUGGUGGCGUGGCUGGAAUCGUGGGAGGAGAAGUGGAAGCUCAUCCAUAUGUAUCGUUCACUUUAAACUUGGCUGGAUGAUUCGUCCAACAAGACUCUUCCUUGAUUCUUGUGAGUUUUAAACAAAUAAAUAAAAGAUUCUCCCUCCUCUUUC